CUCUCAAAGGCUUUCAUCUGCAACAAAGCAGCGAGCGAGCAACGAUUCCAGUAAAGAAACACGGCACCGCUGGACCAUUUUUGCUGAAGUUUGACCAAAUGACCCUCUGCUUUUUUAUUAACUGAAUUGUGUGAGGUAUUUUCUUUAUUAAGAAGUAGUUUAGAAGAUGUUCGUGGCGAAGAGCAUCGCAGCGGAUCACAAAGAUCUGAUUCACGAUGUUUCUUAUGACUUCCACGGUCGGAGGAUGGCGACCUGCUCCAGCGACCAGAGCGUCAAGGUCUGGGACAAAGGUGACGACGGAGAAUGGCACUGUACUGCUAGCUGGAAGACCCACAGUGGGUCGGUGUGGAGGGUGACCUGGGCGCACCCUGAGUUCGGUCAGGUGCUGGCGUCUUGCUCCUUCGACCGCACCGCUGCUGUAUGGGAGGAGAUCGUCGGAGAAUCCAAUGACAAACAGCGGGGACAAAGUCACUGGAUCAAGAGAACCACGCUGGUGGACAGCCGGACGUCAGUGACCGAUGUGAAGUUUGCGCCGAAGCACAUGGGCCUGAUGCUGACCACCUGCUCUGCAGACGGCGUGGUGCGCAUCUACGAGGCCCCUGACGUGAUGAACCUCAGCCAGUGGUCACUGCAGCACGAGAUCUCCUGCAAGCUGUCCUGCUCCUGCAUCUCCUGGAACCCCUCCAGUUCUCGAGCUCAUCCUCCAAUGAUAGCCGUGGGCAGUGACGACAGCAACGUCACAUACAGCGGCAAAGUGCAGAUCUAUGAGUAUAAUGAAAAUACCAGGAAGUAUGCCAAAGCAGAGACGUUGAUGACUGUGACUGACCCGGUUCAUGACAUCGCCUUUGCUCCUAAUCUGGGGAGAUCCUUCCAUGUGCUGGCCAUAGCCACCAAAGACGUCCGCAUUUUCAAACUCAUACCUAUGAGGAGAGAGAGUGCCAACAGCUCUGGUCCCACUAAGUUUGAGGUGCAGGUGAUGGCUCAGUUUGACAGUCAUAACUCUCAGGUGUGGCGCGUGAGCUGGAACAUCACCAGCACUCUGCUGGCCUCCUCCGGAGACGACGGCUGUGUGCGGCUCUGGAAAGCUAAUUACAUGGACAACUGGAAGUGCACCGGGAUCCUGAGAGGAGACGGCAGCCCAGUGAACGGCUCCUCUGGACACGCUGCAGCUCUGAGCGCGGUGGGCAUCCCUGGAGCCGCUCAGAUGGUUGUUGGGGCUGCUUCUGCUGGCAGAAAAAAAGCUCAGCUGAUGCCAGGCUAAUGGCAUGACAUGCUGAUUGGCUGUUUGCUGCAUGCACAGGAUUGGACCGAGACCUCAUUGACCCUCCCCUGCACUCGUCUAGUUACUAAUCCGACAGAAGCGUGUGCUGACGGCACGAUCCGUUGUGUGGCUGUUAAAGGAACCGUGCCUCUGUGUGUGUUGUGUUCAGUGAUACUUACCUGACAAUAAGCUUUUUUUUUUUUUUUUUUUUUUUGAACAAAUUAUACACUAAACUUGAUUCUCAUCAAUACUGACAUACUUAUUAAUUGUCGUAAUGUGAUGCAGUAUUACUUAUUUAUUUGAAUACAUUUAAGUCAUUUUUCAUGAGUUUCAAACAUAAUUGUCUGCAUUUGUCAAAAUUUGUAUUGACCAUGUCAAAAAACUGUGGAAGUUGCAUUUAAAGGAGCAGAUCACCUAAAUUCAAAACCAUAUCAUUUACUCGCCAUCAAACGUUCCAGAACCUUUUUAAAAUCCUCUUUUAUUUGCCAUUGGAACAUCAUAAAUUUGGCCACUCAUGUUUCCAGAGAACACUACACGUAUUUGUGCUGUUGGUUUGAAGCGGCUGGCAUGUAAUGCGUGGUGUGGACAGUAGAGGGAGACACUGUCAUUCAGCUCAGUUCUGCUGGUCUCUGAAUAUGCCCUUGGAAUUACUAACACAUUACAUUUUAAUUUGUCACACUAACUGAAUUACCAGAUUUCAGAGACUCUUUUAUGAUGUAGGAGACAAUGUAUUAGAGACGACAAAAUUCUUGUAGACAAGAUGAAACAUCAGACAUGCUAAAGAAUAUCUGUCUGUUUAUAAAAAAAAAAAAAAGUCACCAAAGGUUUGUCAAAAUUCAGGAGUCUGGUGCAUGAGUGAUGGACCAUAAAUCAAAGGCUGGAACCUGAUCGUUAAUGCUAUAUAUUUAUUGGAGAUCUUGCUCACUUCCCUUCAUGACAGAAACUCAGCAUAUUCUUUAUAGUGGUGCCCCUUGAAAUGGGAAUUCAAAAGGAGAACAUUUAAACAAUUUUUGAAAUGAAUGCAACUUUUGUGAGUGUAUUUGUUCUAAAAUAAAGUUUGUUUUUAAGUUCUGA